GCCAGGCGGAACAGCUUGAGCGAGCGGAGAGAACGGGAGAGCGAGAGCCGGAGGCAGCAAGGUUGUCCGCUCCUGCGGACCGGCUGUGGCAGCAGCUACCUUGCCUCAGGGGCUCCUCUCCGGAGCAGGAGAAUGGAGACGUGCUGUUGGUGCACCCCUGUUAAUUCAGUUGCCACCACCUUAAAGAGCUAUGCCUCCUCUUCAUUGCCCCCGGAUGAAUUUACUGCAGCCAAUGAAGAUCUUUGUUACUGUUUGGAAUGUGUGGAUGAGUAUCAUAAAGUGAAGGAUGAGAUGCCAUCCUUACAUGAGAUCCUGUGGAAGCUUGAAACCACUCGUCUUAUUGCCCAUUUUGAGAAAUCAAUGCCGAAGGAAGAGGAUGACAACUCAAUCCUGGACGAUGAUAAGGAAAGCAAGGUGCAAUGCCUGGAUUCCGACUUUGACAAAAAGCUUAGAGUGCCAUUGUUGGAAAUACUGAAAUACCCCUACCUAUUGCUUCAUAAAGACCUCAGCAUGCUGUUUGUGGAGGCUAUUUGCAAAAUGGAGGUAAUCAACUACCCCUGCCAGGUGCUUGGGAAACACCCAGGGGUCUAUUUGCUCAUGGUACAUCCUAAUGAAACGAUCCGUCGAUGGGCCAUUAUGACAGCCAAGAGUCUGGGAAAGGUGGACAGGGACGAUUACUAUGACAUACAGGACGUGCUAACUUGCUUGCUCAGAGUUAUAGAGCUGAACCUCUUUGAAAAUGCUUAUGUUUAUAACCCCACAACAAUUGAGAAGGGUAAUCUCAUCUUGUUGCCUGACCACCUGUAUGAUAUUACCAGUUACAAAAACUACUGGCUAGGUAUAUGUAUGGUGCUGAUGGUGCUGGAUGAGCAAGCCAUGGAUUCGUUGUUGCUUGGGCCAGACAAACAGAACGACUUCAUGCAAUGCAUAAUAAGUACCCUUAAGAAAGACACGGGUGAUGAAAGUAACAGUCCCUUCUGGCCUGCACUCCACUGCUUCAUGGUGAUCCUGGAUAAGCUUGGGUCCAAAGUGUGGGGGCAGCACAUUGAUCCAACUGAGGCAUUUCAAACUAUUAACAACAGUGUGAGUUAUAAUAAAGAAAUAGAGAAUAUUCGCCAAAGGUGCAAGAGGGCUAGAUCUGUGCCGCUAUCAGACUGUGAAGAUGAAAUGGUCACCUGCAGCCAACUGGUGUAUGACUACCGCCUAGAAAAGCCACAGAAGGUUACCGGGCAGAAAUAUGCUGUUUGUCCUAAUUACUUCCCUGACUUGUACGAAGAUAUGAGAACAUUAAUCGACGCAUUCCAGACUGACUUUGGCCAAGACAUACGGUUGCACAACAGCACUUUUCUAUGGUUCAUCCCUUUCAUCCACUCCCUUAUGGGCCUCAGGGACCUGGGGGUUGGCUACAGUGUACAGGUUAUGAACCACCUGUGUUUAAAAACGGAUGUCUCCAAUAACUUUGCUGAAUCUUAUGACAAAGUAUCUCAGUUCUUUAUUUGGGUCCUGGUGAUCGUGAUUCAACUCCACCUUAACAAAAAGUGCCUGAGUUCUCUGUGGAUCAGUGCAGAAAAAUGGGUGCAGACAGUGGUAGCAUGGGCCAAGCUUCCACGUGCAGAGUUCAUGGCUGGGAUUGAGAGAAGGGCAGCCAGGAGCUGCUUAAGAAGCACAGCUACAUCACCAUCUCUGGAAACAGAGUCUGUGCAGUCUUUCUGCAUGAAACUGAUUCGUAAUAUCCUGAGGGAAGGCUUACAUGAUGUGAAGUCUCACGUUUGCAAGCAGUUCUUUCUUGAACUCAACUUGCUUCUCCGUAACCGCAUGAACUGGGAGCUGAGUCCCCAGCAGACUCAAGAAUUGCAGGGUACUCUGAAGCAUAUCAUAUGGAGCAUGUGGAUCAAAUUAGGAUCUCCUUCCCCCACCGUGGAGUGCCCUCCCGCUUGUGAAAAGCAGGAAGACAUGUGUCCAGUGAAUAUGUGCAAUGAGCACCCACCUUCCUUGUCAGCGGCAGGGAAGGAUGAAGUCUGCCAAGAAGGCCAAGUACAGGAAGGCUCCAUGUUAGCAAACAGAGACACAGAUGUUCAAAAAAACAUGAGCUGUCACCAGACAUCAGGGGCCCAUAACAAGGGAGACUUUGGCUGGGGUUUUGAACACAUAAAAGUUGAGAACAUCUGGUCAUUGGCUUCCAGUUCUCUGAUGACAAAGAACGAUGACAGCAGUGAUGCUUUGGAGAAAAGUGUUGGUCAGAAUGACCUUACAAGCCAAAGGAAACCUCUGAGACCUGACAUCACCCUGAAGUUGAGACAGCUGAUUGAAAACAGUAGAAGAAGCACCACACUGGAGCCAGAAACAGAGGAGGAGCAGUCAGUUAGAGACGAAAGGAAAAGCCAGGAAGGGCCGAAGAGUGAUAUUGUUGCAGGUAGCACUAGCAACACAUCGGAUCCAUUGCUCUGCAAAUCGGGGGCAGGCUCAAGCAAGGCUUUCCUUGGUCUGUCAGCCUGUAUGAAAAAUAAAUGCAAGGACAGGCAGUUUAGAACAAGACAGCAAGAUUCUGAAGAAAGCAGUGGCUCUGUUCAAUCUCAGUCUUCCAGUGAGGACGAGUUGCCUUCUAAGGCAACAAAGGGACCAAUCCAGACAAUUAUUAUUUCUGAUUCUUCUGAUGAUGAAAACCAAGAGAACACUAGUAGAGAGAGCAGGAAAGAUAAAAUGUUUGUGUGCCAUGAGAAGCAAUCCAGUGCACAGGGGCAAGAACCAAUGAAUACCUCACCAACAAACGCGGAACAUGAAUCGCAGUUGUUUGAGUUCGAAGCAGAAGAUGAAAUUUACUCAGAAUGGCAGGAGAGCCUUUUAGUGGAGACAGACAAAGACCACACAGCCAUUGAAUUGGAAAUAAAUAGCUGGGGUUAUGAGUCGAACCAUCAUUGGUUUAAUGCCACUGAAGAAGCAAAAAAGGACCAGGUGCCACAUACAUCGGCUCAGAAGGUCAACAUUAGCAGCAGAAAUGCAAUAUGUUGCUCGACUUCUACAGGGAUGGAUGCAGGGUAUUCCAGACACAUAGAUCCAUCAGCACCUACUGGUCCUUCAGAGUCAGCAUCUACUCUCAAAGAAUCUGCUAUUCAGCCAGGUAAUGAACCACCACAGGCAAAACCAGCAAGAUCUACUCCUGCUGUGGUCCCACCUGCCAAAGUCCACCAUUUCCCACCCCCAACCUCACUGACAGAAGCACUUGGCCUGUCAAAGAAAGUCCGUAGAGCAGCUGAACUAUCUCAGCGCACACAGGACAGUCUCGCUGAGUUGCGUCGUCAUGGGGAAAUUGCUGGCAGGGUAGAUGUUGCACAGAAAAGGACAUCACAACUAAUAAAUGCUCUGCACCUAACCACUAAAAAUAGAAAAAUGCUUUCUUGCCAAGAACUUCAGUUCUAUAGGCAGACAAGGCCUAAAGAGAGAGAGAAGGGUCAGCACACUCAAGGAGGAAACCCAAGUUCCUCAAUCCUUGAAGCUAGAGCUAGGAAAACCAAUCCCUGGACCUCUUCCGAUUCCUCCUCUAGCUCUUGUGAUGAAGAUGUGGCUUUGAUAGAGGGAGAACCACAAUUGAAUGAGAACAUUGAAGAUGACAACUUGUUUCUUACACAGUUGGAUCCAGUGGACAUGGAGCUGUGUUCACAAAUAGAAAGUGGCAGUAACCCCACACACAUGGAAGCCAGGGUAUCAGAAAGCCCACUACAGGAUGCUGAGAUAUGCAAGGAAUCAGGUUCCAAAAGAGCAGCUGAAGCAGGGGCUCACAGCUCAAGCUGUUCUGCUGGUGGCCCACAAGACAAUGCGUCUGCCAAAACUUUUGCACCCCCUAGGCUCUCCACAGUGAAAGUCUUCAGUGUUUCUUCCCGGAGCGCGAACCUCACCAAGGAGCUUGAGAGCACCCCAAAGCCUCCAGCAGUUCCGAAGAGCAAAUCAAAUCCCUUCAAGCCCCCCACCCCAAAGGGAAAUGGAUUGCAGUCCAAAAUCCCUGUGCCGAACAGCAUUCUCCAACCACACAAUUCAAACAACGUCCCUCAGUUGCUAAAUGUGCAAAAUAACUCUAAUGUGCAUAAUGGUGGGGUGCUGCGUGCCUCCAGAGCUGUUUCCUGGCAUGAAAUGAAUCCACGCUUCACACAAGCAAACAGCGUGAAUGCUCAGCAGAGAAAUCCUGCCAUAUUUAUUCGAGAAAUCCUGAAGUGGAACUAUGACAUGUUUGCACAGUUCGAUCAGUUUGGGCCACCAAGUAACCUCCUGCAAUCUGUUGUGACUACUGUUCCAGCCACGUUUAACGAUUACAAUGACUACUUCAAUACUUUCUUCCCCUUAAUGAUGCUAAAUACCUUUGAAACAGUGGCACAAGAUUGGAUAGAGAACCAGAAAUCAAAAGAUAAAAGGCAUUGCUACUUAAUUUUGCUGAACUGCAAUCUGGUCACAAAUGAAGCAGAUUUUACAGCUAACCUCUCGGAGAGCAAUUUGGGGAAACAGCAGUACCCAAAGCAAGAUGACUUGGUGGUCUUAACAGUGUCUGAAAAGCAAACUUUUCAUAGCAACCCUGGCAAGGCAGAAAGCCGCCCAGUGUGCCACGUCGGUUGUGUGACUCGGUUUUAUUGUAGAAACAAACAGCAGGAUGUCAUUAACCUGUCUAUCAAGACACAAGGGAAUUUGUCCUGUAUCGAUAAGAGAGUAAAGUGCCUCACCAUUGGUUCGAUGGUCACCAUGCAGCGAAUGUUUAAGGCCCUUCUUCUGCUUAACCGAAGCCCUCUAGCCAAAGCCAUCAUCAGCCCAGAAUACUCCGACUUCUCUGUCAUGGACUCAAAUGUGGACGCUGAGAAAUCUUCUUCAUACAUGAGACAAUUUAAUGAAGAUCAAAGGACAGCUAUUGAAACAGCUUAUACCCUCGUGACACAGUCUCCUUCGCUGCCCAAAGUUUGCUUGAUCCAUGGGCCACCUGGGUCUGGGAAAUCUAAGACUAUCCUUGGACUCCUUUACUGCAUUUUCAUUGAGAGACCAGGAAAAGAAAAUUCUGUGCAAAGCAAAAUCAAGAACCGUGUGCUGCUGUGUGCCCCAUCCAACGCUGCUGUCGACGACUUGAUGAAAAAAAUAAUUCUUAUGUUCAAGGAAAAUUGCCAGGACAGUAGCAAACCUUUGGGAAACUGUGGUGACAUCAACUUGGUGAGACUGGGACAAGAAAGCUCGAUCAGCAGGGACGUCUGGAAGUUUAGUCUAGAUGCCCAGGCCGACCAUGAAAUGAACCGAGCAGCCCUUGGCAGAGAUCAAGAUAUCUACAGACGAAAAGAAGAGCUGGAUCGACAGCUGGACGUUCUUUCUCGCCAGCGUGCUAUAGAAAAAACCAAAAGAGUAGACAAGAUGCGAUUGUUGGACCAGGAGAUUUGCAGGCUUGGAGAGGAAAGAAAGAGGCUCACUGUUCAACUGAAGAAGGAUUGCGGACGAUCGCAAGGCGAUAUGAAAGCGAACAUCAUCCUGAAGUCUCACAUCAUCUGCUGCACGCUGAGCACCAGUGGGAGUAACAUGCUGGCAUCAGCAUUCCGGCGGCAGGGCUGUGACCCUCUGAGCUGCAUCAUUGUGGAUGAAGCUGCACAGUCUUGUGAGAUUGAAAGUCUCAUCCCGCUCACUCAUGGCUGCAAAAAAAUGGUCCUGGUUGGAGAUCCAAAGCAGCUUCCUCCCACAGUUAAAUCCAUGAAAGCUGAGGAGUACGGCUACGGGCAGUCUCUGAUGGAGCGGUUGUGCCGACUGUUGAAUGGGCAGCUUGAGGAGAAAGUCAUUGACAGGCUUCCAGUCCUGCGCUUGACCACUCAGUACAGGAUGCACCCCGAGAUCUGCCUUUUCCCUUCUAACUAUGUCUAUGACCGUGCCCUGAAAACUGAUGGGCGGACAGAAGAGAACCGAUUCUCUAUGGAUUGGCCCUUCCUACCGUACCUCCUCUUUGAUGUUUUGGAUGCCCAGGAGAAACGGGAGAGCGAUUCCUUCAUCAAUCUCCAGGAAGUGAAACUGGUCGUAGAAUUAAUGAAGUUAAUUACAAAAAUGAAGAAAGGCAUCAACUCUCGUAACAUUGGGAUCAUCACCCCAUACAGUGCUCAGAAAAGAAGGAUCUUGAGCGAGCUGGAGAAAGAGUUUGAAAGAGAAGAAAAGAGCGUUGCAGAAGUCGACACUGUGGAUGGGUUCCAGGGCCGUGAGAAGGACUGCAUCAUUGUCACCUGUGUUAGAGCGAAAAGCACGCAAGGGUCAAUUGGGUUCCUGAAGAGUCUGCAGCGUCUGAAUGUCACCCUCACCCGAGCCAAGUUCAGCCUCUUCAUCCUUGGACACCUGCAGACGCUCAUGGAAAAUAAAGAUUGGAACGCAUUGAUUCAGGAUGCUCAGAAAAGAGGCUCCAUCAUCAAGACCUCCAGUACCAAGUGCAACAGUAUUCCUUGCUAUGCAAGUGGUGCUAAGAUGAUCCUGAAGCCCAUGCCAGUGCAGCAGAGUCUGGUGAGAGCUGCAGUUGGGCAGGUGACCAUGGUGGCCACAUCGGGUGAAGCUCCUGCACAACAUCCCCAGCCAUCAUCUUCUGGUGCUCCUGCUCCAGUGAGCAGUGGGGCAUCUCCUAUGCCAGUCCAGCAGAGUCUGGUGGGAGCCAGAUUUAGGCAGCUGACCCUGGCGACCAUAUUGCGUAAAGUUUCUGCACAGCAUCCCCAGCUAUCAUCUUCUGGUGCUCCUGCUCCAGGGAGCAGUGAGGUAUCUUUUUCGCUAACCCUGGAAAGUCUGGUGAGAGCCAGAAAUGGGCCGCUGGCCAUGUUGGGUAAAGCUCCUGAACAACAUCCCCAGCCAUCAUCUUCUGGUGCUCCUGCUCUAGGGAACAGUGGGGUACAUCUGAUGUCAGCAUCUGGGGACUCCAGUUCCUCAAACCCACAGGCUACAUCUCAGAAUAGGCCAAGAGAUCCGCGGCUGGCCAAGAGGGCAGAGGAAGGAAUCAGAAGGAGCCCCACUGAGAGCCGUAGCCCCACGGAUCCCAAACGACGGAAGACAACAGAGUAGCCCUACCUGUAUAAGCAAGAACUCUUAUUGUGGCUGCUCCAUAGCCUUUUCCUGUAUUGCCAGCUUUCUGGUUGGUUCCCUGAUUCCUGUAAGAUAAUGUUUUUUG